GUUUUUAAUUUCUAGUGAAAAAAGAAAACAGAAGACACGCCAUACAUUUUUGAAUACAAAUAACACCAUUAGAAAAUUAAUUCAGGAGGGAGGGUUGACGAUGGAACCAGAAACAUCUUCCAGCAGCGUAUAUUUCUUGAUUACUCUCCUUGUUUUGAACUUGGUUAUUGUCAGAGUGCUGAGUGUGAGUGCUGCUGCUGAUAACAACUAUACCAGACUUGACUUCCCACUUGAUUUUGUGUUUGGUUCAGGCACCUCUGCUUAUCAGGUGGAAGGAGCUGCUAAUAAAGAUGGAAGAACUCCUAGCAUCUGGGAUGCUUUUGCCCAUGCUGGGUUUGCACAUGGAGAAAAUGGAGAUGUAGCCUGUGAUGGAUACCACAGAUAUAAGGAAGAUGUCCAACUCAUGGUGGAAACAGGCCUUGAAGCUUAUAGAUUUUCCAUUUCUUGGUCUAGACUGAUACCAAAUGGUAGAGGACAGGUCAACCCAAAGGGAUUGCAGUACUACAACAAUUUCAUCAAUGAACUUAUUAGCAAAGGAAUCCAACCACAUGCAACACUACACAACUAUGAUCUUCCACAGGCACUUGAUGAUAAAUAUGGAGGAUGGGUUAGUCGUGAUAUCAUAAGAGACUUUACGAAGUACGCCGAUGUGUGUUUUAGAGAGUUUGGCGAUAGAGUGAAGUAUUGGACUACAGUGAACGAGCCCAAUGUCUUUUCCUUGGGUGGUUAUGAUCAGGGAAAUGCCCCACCUCAACGGUGUUCUCCCCCAUUUUGCCUUACAAAUAGCACUAGGGGAAACUCAACAAUUGAGCCCUACUUAGCAGUUCAUCAUAUUUUGUUAUCACAUUCUUCCGCUGUGAGAUUGUACAGAAGAAAGUAUAGGGGUCAUCAACAUGGAUUUGUUGGUAUCUCUGUCUAUACAAUGGGGGGGUUCCGUCCUCAUACGAACACAGAGAAAGACAAGGUAGCAUCUCAAAGAGCCUACGAUUUUAUGGUUGGUUGGAUUAUGGAACCCUUGGUGCAUGGAGACUAUCCCAUUUCCAUGAAGGAAAAUGCAGGUCGAAGAAUUCCAGUCUUCACAAACCAUGAAUCCCAACAAGUUAAGGAUUCAUAUGACUUUAUAGGUGUAAUUCACUACAACGAUAUCAAUGUCACAGACAAUUCUGACGCCCUGAAUACGAACCUGAGAGACUUCAUUGCAGACAUGGCUGCAAAAUUAAUCUUUGGACAAGGUCUAUUUUCAGAGGAAGAGUACCCUGUCACACCAUGGAGUUUACGGGAAUUGCUGGAUAAAUUCAAGCUCCUUUACAACAAUCCUCCUAUAUUCAUUCAUGAAAAUGGUCAAAGGACAGCAAGCAAUUCAACACUUCAAGACGAGUCAAGGGUGAAGUACUUGCAUGGAUACAUUGGUGCCGUGCUCGAUGCACUGAGAAAUGGAUCAAAUAUAAGGGGGUAUUUUGCAUGGUCUUUCCUUGAUCUAUUUGAAUUGCUGGAUGGAUACAGAUCGAGCUUCGGCCUAUACUAUGUUGAUAGGAAUGAUCCAGAGUUGAAAAGAUACCCGAAGCUUUCCGCAAAAUGGUACAGCCAAUUUUUGAAGGGUACAAAAUCCUCUCUAGUUGGAGCAAUUGAACUCGAGAAGGAUGCAUCACUUAUUUCUGUUGGUAAUUUAUUUCAAUAGGCUCUGUAUUUUGCUUCGGUUAGAGCAUCGUUACAUGAUGGGAUUAUAGCUAUGAUUAACUACUUUUCCUUCUUUAUCGAAUAAGAAUAGGUUAAUAAGCAACUUGGGACGUGUUUGUCCUUGAUCAUAAUGUAAUAGUCCUAAGUUUUAUUUAUUUAUAAAAUUUAUUGUGGAUUCA